AUGACUCCAUCCUACAAAGACUUUGUCGCGCUUCGAACCCGGUUGAAUCCUUGCCUCUCUGGUCUCGCCGAACACUUAGGCAGCGAGCCUCGGAAUGCAAGCACAACCGUCGUGAUUGAUUGCCAUGGACAAUCUCCGUCCGAGCCUGUAUCAGUUGCAGAAGCCGACUUUUCCUGGCUGGUCAAUGUCAAAUCCCAAACCACCAGACUCGUCUUUAUCGAAAACAUCAGCCCUCGCCUCAUCAGUCUUGUUGGUGAGAUGCUCGACGUGGACCCCAUCUUUUUCGCCAACCAUGUCAACACUGACCUAAAAGACAUUGAGAAAUCGCCUCCCCCGCCUUCAGUUGCGCUUUUGCCGUCGCUUAUUUCCGAAAAAGGACAUCUUCAUCUUCACUAUCAACAGGUGAUGAGCCUAGGAAGCGCCGAAAGGUUUAAAGAGGUUGCAUACUCGUUGAAAAGCGACUCAAAUAUCCAGCGCAAUAUACGGCGUUUACCACCACUCUCUGGGAAGCAGCUGGUUCUUGCUCGAGCAUGCUGUUCUGUUUUUGUGAAACAGAUUAACGAAUCAUAUAUUUGCCUCUUUCUCGUCGAUCCUCCAAUCAACGCAGCGAUUGACACGUCCAAGGAGCUGAAAAAGACCUACCCAGUCGACCCCUUGCAUGGUGGUUUCGAAGAUUUUGGCCCUUCUUCAUCCUUCUCAUCAUUCUCAUCCUUUGCUGGAAAAAGCAAUGACAUAUGGGACAACACCUCCAUGUUCAGCAGUCUGCUGCACUACUACCGCACUUACCCACCAGGAUUCAUCCCCACGAAACCAACCAUCUUGGGUGUUGGCUACUACCCAGUUCGCAUUGUACUCUCCGAAUGGUCGGUCUAUACGCUCCUGAUAAGCCGCUACUUUAAAUACUACGAAUAUUCUCUUCAAGACAUGACGAACCGACUACACGACAACGACAUUGUUGACCUUCAACGCUGGCGGCGUCGGAGCAAACAGAGCCAAAACAAGCUCUCAAUGCUUGCCAAGUUUAUCGACUACUGGACGCAGCGGGAAGACGACAGGCAGCAUUGGGAAAUGGUACUGGACGAUAUUCAGCAUGUGCGCCAGCAAUUGGAGUACUAUAGCCAGUCUCUGGAGCAGAUCGUCAUGGUGGCGACGUCGAUGGUACAAUUGUUUGACUCUCGGCGAUCAAUCCUGGAGGCUAUUAAUGUCAGGCGCCUGACAUACAUUGCACUAAUUUUUGUACCUCUUUCAUGGGUUGCAAGUUUGUUUAGCAUGUCUGAUACAUAUUCGCCCGGCCAUGAGAAUUUUUGGGUGUACUUCGCUACAGCACUCCCGUUGGUCGUGGUUGUUUUGCUUCUCUCUGCCAUCCCAUACGACCGGAUGAAGGAAGCCCUGCGAAGGAUUUGGGAUUGGUUUGCAAGUGUCAAUACGCGAAAGUUGAGGAAUGAGUCCAGCUUGGCUUAAUGAGGUGGAUGGAUUAGACUUGGGUGAAUUAAAUGCACUUAUACGAGAGAUGUUUCUGAGGCAGAUCUUUUGCUUACUCAACAUGUUA